AACUAAAAUGGUGACACCAGAGAGCAACAGGUGAUCUGGGUUCCCGGGUAGACGCGCGAUUGACAGCCGCGCGAGCCAAUCAGCUGCGCCACGAAGGAGUACGCGAGCCAAUAGCGCGCGCCUGUAGGAUCCUAUAUGGAAAGAAGUGGGCUGAGGUCCAGAGGAGCAGAUCCGCACCGGGACAGCGAGCAGGAGCGCAGCCUGGGAGUGUUUCGGGCGUUUUGGGCGGAGGUUUUCUGUCGUCGUGACCAAAGAGCUGGAAAUAGACACCGUGUUCUGAGCUGACACAUGGUAGACACAGGAGAGGACAGUGAUUAGGAGCGAGUCCAGUGAAUCCUCCACAAAUGGCUCAGACUGGUAGGUAAUUGCUGCAGCCGUUUUGGGAUAUAAGCACAUCUGAGGAUUAUUUGUGAGGACAAUUGGAUCGAAUCUCUCAAAUCACCAAUGUGAAAAGAUGGGGAAUGGGUUAUCAGAGCAACAUAGCUUCCUCUCCAGCAUCCCGUUCUUCCAAUCUUUUCACAUUGCCAUCCUCGGCCUGGACUCUGCGGGGAAAACCACCGUCUUGUACAGGCUGCAAUUCAACGAGUUUGUCAACACAGUGCCCACCAAAGGCUUCAAUGCGGAAAAGGUUAAAGUGUCGCUGGGCGGCCACAGGACAGUGACCUUCCACUUCUGGGACGUCGGCGGCCAAGAGAAGCUGCGCCCGCUGUGGAAAUCGUACACGCGCUGCACAGACGGUAUCAUCUUUGUGGUGGACUCGGUGGAUGCCGAGCGCAUGGAGGAGGCCAAGACGGAGCUCCACAAGAUCGCCAAGACCUCUGAGAACCAAGGUGUGCCCCUGCUGGUGGUGGCCAACAAGCAGGACUUGAGGCACUCUCUGGGACUGGCUGAGAUCGAGAAGUCUCUGGCGCUGAAAGAACUGGGCCCGGCGACGCCCUGGCAUCUGCAGCCGACCUGCGCCAUCAUCGGAGACGGACUCAGGGAGGGUCUGGAAAGACUCCACGACAUGAUCCUGAAAAGGAGAAAGGCGCUCCGGCAGCAGAGGAAAAAGAGAUAAAUGAGUCGUGAAACAGACUUGCCUGUUUUUAUAUAUGUGAAGGAAACUUGGAGGAGGAUGGAGGCUGUUCUCCUGGGUGGAUACAGACAUUCCACCACAGGCUCAGAUUCAACACGCUGAGUUUUAUCAGUCCAAAAAUUGAGCUUUAGGAUUCACGGUCUUGGUCUUCUGUUGAUGCUGUUCAUCAGGAAGUGAUAUAUAAAGGAAUAUUGCAUGAAGAAGAGAAAGAUUCAGAAAUGUUUGGAUAUAAGGAGCUUAUGGUUCAAAACAUACUGAGGGUUCGGGGUCUGGAUGGGUGUUAGAAGUUGUUUUUAAGGAUGAUGUUAUGCUUCAUGAAUGGCCAGUGGCUGUUCCACAAUGUAUUACCAAAAAAUAAUGGAGGGAGAAAGACGAAGUCAGUAGUUAAAGGGGGUCAGCUGGUAAAUGAAUGAACAGUCUUACACCAGAGGGUCAGUGAAAUGUGUAUCUGACCAAGUGUUUCAGUAAGAGGACGACAACAGCCAUGGUGUCCCUUCACCAAAUGAGCUUUGAACUUUGGUGAAAUGUUUUAUCAAAACACUUAUUUUUUCCCCUCUGUUUUUAUUAAGUUUUACUAUGUUUACUUGUUCGUUUUUACACUGUACUUUCUUUGUGAAAGAAAAGUAUUGUCAUGCAUUAUCAUGAACUUGCUUGCUGUCUUAUGCUAUCUCCAGUAUCUAAUUGUCAAAAGCACUUUAGAGUACCAUUUCUUAUGGAGUUUACAGUUUAUAAAUAGAGCGUAUUGUGUCGGACUUCACAGUAAUGCUUGGGCUAAAUGAAUCAGAAGCUACUGUAGGUGGUCUGCCUGGGCCACACUGUCAUUAGACAGAUUAUGCAUAAUCUUUUCCUAAAUAAAACCUAUUUAGACGCAAUGAUGAUGAUGAUUAUGGGUGGAUAUCAUUAUUUCUGUUGUGUUUUUAAAGAGCUUGAGUUGAAAAGGCAGGGAAACACACUGUAACCCUUCCCAUUUUUGGCUGAUUGUAAACUAGGGGAAAUUAACAAAAUAAAACAUUCACUUGUCCCCAA